AUUGUUUACGGACAGUACUGAUCUCUAUAUAAUUUGUGUAGCAGGGGUUAAGGAUUAUGACGUCAAAAAAAUGAUUUGUCAAAAUGGUAAACAUCGGACAAUGACGAUUAAAGACCUUAAAAAAUAUUGACACCACCAAUGCGAGGUCUAUAGAGCUUAACUCCUAGCAUGAUAGCUAGAACGUAAUCUAUAUAGUAAAAUCGCUCCACCGACAAUGUGUGAAAAUGUGAAUCACAAUCCGUUUGCGGGUCUUUUUACAUCCGUAAACGAAGCAGCUUCAUUUUCUACCCAAAACCAACCUUCGACAGUCCAUGCAGACGUAUCAAAAAAUACUGACGAACAUUCGGCAGCAGAGAGUAACAGCGUCAACGAUUCUAAACCAAUCAACACAGCAGCCGAAGCUGAUGCUUUCAUUAAUGACAUAGUUGAGGCAGUUUUCGGCUUGACGCUGCAUUCGGAUGGAGCUAAAAUAAAAUCUGGACGACAGCUGGUCUUUCUUGAGGACUUAGCCGCUGCUUUGGCCCCUCAAGAUUGGAUGGAUGCUGAGUCGGUUGAGCACGCUAUUUUUGAACGACUUAUGCUCAGCAAUCCAGGAGGCAAAAUAGUUGACAAUAAAAAUGAAAAACAAACAAACUCUAUCGACGAUCAUGUUUCAGAGACUGAAAUUAUACCCUAUUUGUACGAAAGUUAUCGCAGAUUACUGCGCUAUAAACCAAGCCAUAGAUUGCACAAUACGAUAGAAAACAUCACACGAAUCGUCGUCAGGAAUGUUGGCACUGCUAUGCAGGAACCUGACUUAUUCCAAAGUCAAGAGGUGCACAAGCAAUUUAUAGCAUUGUUUAUGGACGGUGGAGUAGUUGGACAGGAGUUGACCUCCUUUGUAACAGACAUUGUCAACGAGUUAAACUCCGAGGAUAGGGAUGAAAGCCUCAGUGUGAUCAGCACAGCCUUCACGCCAAUCCUGAACAGCAUUCAUCAGGAGGUGGCACAGUCCAAUCUCUUAGUUUUUCGACAAUACUGGUUCGGACUUCUACAGACGUUUGCUUCUGUUGAAGGUCUCGCCUUGUUUCUCAUAUCGCACAGCACUCCUCGUGCUAUGCAAGGAAAAGCGUAUUCAGAUACGCUGUUGGGGGCACUGCUGUGUCUAAGCUGUUUGCCCAAAACUCUCGAAGCUCCGUUUGACUUCUUUGACAAACCUUUGCAACAGUCAGUCACUUCUAUGGAAGGAAAUAUCUGGACAGCGUUGGAUGCGCUUAGCGAAUCGCUACAUAAAGUUUUUCACACUUUACUAAAGUGUUCCACAGAUGUGCGCCACAAAACUUUAAAAUGGAUAGGCGAUUGCCUCCAUGCCAACGCUGGGAGAGGAAAGCUCUGGAAUUCGCAUAGCGAUGCUGGACUGACUAUGACGCUGACUGUAUCCGAUGGUUUCAUGUUAAAUCUCAGCUCAAUAUUGCUCAGGCUUUGCCAGCCCUUUUGCACAAAGUUGAACGAUAGCAAACUGCUGAAAAUCGAUCCAACUUACUGUUCAGUCGAGGCUCAAAAUGAAGAGGAAAGUAAGACACGUGGUCUUCACGCCAAAGGUUUAAGUGGAGAAACAUGUCUCAUUCCAAUACCCGAAGGUGAAACGCGACCAGCAGCUGAAACAUUCGGUUUUGUUACUGAAUGUUUUUACCUGACUCAUAGAGCAUUGGAUCUCGGAUACCGUGUUGUUUUGGAGAAACUCUUGAGAGCAAAUCAGGACUUGGCUCGUAUGCGGCGGAUAUACAGCGAUGCUCAGGGUGGUGGAAACUCUGAAGUACUAGAGGCCAUAACCACGCGAAUGGAAAUGGAAAUGACAAAAUACUUAUCGCUUAGAGCUAGUCUUUUGGCGCCUGAGAUGCUGAGUCUACUGGCAAAAUUCCACGCUGCGACGGCAGUCUGGCUAAUACAGGUCAAUCUGGAUAUUGAAUCUGAUUUCAUUAAGCAUAGUACUUAUGCACCAAGAGAAUUUAAAACCGUCGCGUUCCCGCUACCUGAGACUGUGCCAGAAACUCUAAGAUGCAUUCCCGAAUUUGUGGUCGAAAAUACCGUCGGAUUUCUCUGCUUUUUGCGACGUUUGAAUCCAAACACGUUCGAAGAACAAGGACCGAGCUUUUUGAACCCAAUCCUAACAGAGGUCGUCGCGCUGAUGGAGUCUCAACGGCGUUUAUAUAACCCUCACCUUCGAGCGAGACUCGCCGAAGGACUCGAAGCGCUCUUACCUUUAAACGAGGAACCCUCAAAUCAAGCGGUAGCUACGCUGGGAGUUUUUCACAGAGAGCAAUUAUUUGUUACUCAUCCCCACAGACAUCAGAUAGUUACAAAUUUGCUCCAAGUAUUUGUGGGAAUCGAGAUGACAGGUCAGAGCGUUCAAUUUGAACAGAAAUUUAACUAUCGACGACCAAUGUACAUAGUUAUGGAUUAUUUAUGGAAAAUACAGGAACACAGGAAUAAUUUCAAGCAACUGGCUAAAGAGGCUGAACAAAACAUGGAAGCAGUGCAGCCACCACUGUUUCUCAGAUUCAUGAAUUUACUUAUGAACGACGCGGUAUUUCUCCUCGAUGAAGCACUCUCGAAUAUGGCACAACUCAAGCAACUAUUCCAGGCAAGAGAAAAUGGCGAGUGGGAUAAACUUCCGCCGCACGAAAGAGAGCAACAGAUGGGAUAUCUGACGCAUAUCGGUAUGAUAGCCAGAUUUGACAAUAUUCUCGGCAGAGAAACCAUACACACUUUGGAAAUGCUCACUUCUGAGAUUAUAUCCAUAUUCUGUCAUCCCACUAUGGUCGAUCGCAUCGCUUCAAUGCUCAAUUAUCUACUGCUGCAAUUAGUCGGACCUAAUCAGAAAAAUCUUAAGGUCAAGGAUCAGAAAGAAUACGACUUCAAACCGGCAAAUUUGGUCUUGAAUAUCUGCAAGAUAUACAUAAACCUGAGUCACAACGAAGCUUUUACACUGGCCGUUUCUCAAGACGGACGUUCCUACAGUCCGGAAUUAUUCAAACUCGCGGAAAAUGUUUUAGUACGCAUCGGAGGUGGCGGGAUACUUGGGGAUCUUGACCAGUUUGCAAAACGGGUCGAGGAAGCUGCUAAUCAGAAAAAACAAGAGGAAGAAAUACUUUCUGGUGCCCCUGACGAGUUUUUAGACCCGAUUAUGUCCACGCUAAUGACAGAUCCAGUCAUUUUACCGUCUUCAAAGAUUGUAGUGGAUCGCCAAACUAUUGCAAGACACUUGUUAAGUGACCAGACGGAUCCCUUCAAUCGAUCGAUGUUGACGAUGGAUAUGGUGAAAUCGGAUACGGAAUUGAAAGAUAAAAUAGAGGAAUGGAUUGCUCAGAAAAGGAAAGAAAAUAUUCCGGGAAGUAGUAGUGAAAAAUAAUAUCACUAUUUCGUGGUGCUGCUUGGUUAAACCAAUAAAAAAAAAUGUACAAGUAUGAGUUUACUGGAUUAUAGGUAUCCAGAAA